GAAAUGGACGUGUAAAAUCUUAAAACCUAUAAAUAUUGCCCCCAAACCUUCGCCAACUCGAAAUUUAGAAUUUUUUAAGUGCAAACGAUUAAUAUAUAGUUUAUGAAAAAGAAAGACAUUGUUAUAUGUUGGAGUUGUGUUAUCCCAAAGAAAUUUGAUUGCCUUCCGGUUAACGGAAAUUGAGGAAAUACAAAUCAAGUAGUAGAAACCGUUAGCACCAAUAACAAUAACAACAACAACCUCAACGGCAAUAGCACGCGCUCCUUAAAAAAGUAAACAUAAACAAAAAACACUUGUUAACGAAUCCAAAGAAAGCAAAGCAAAGCAAAAACAACAACGGUAAACAAUGUGUGGAUAAUUUUUAUGUAUGGAAUAAACAAAAGAAAACAAAACCAAAAAAACGUAUGCAGAAGAAAGCAAGCAAUCAAUUGAAAAAAAAAACAAACAUCUUAGGAAUUUGCAGAGUGUUUUUUGUGGCUUUCAAAUAACAACGGAUAUUAAAGGGAAAUUGAAACGGAAAUUGAAGAAGAAAUAACAACAACAAAAACAUUUGCAAUUUAGAAUAAAAUUUUUACCAAUUAAGGUGUUUUUUUGUGUUUGUUUCAAAACGCCAUAAAAACCAUCCUCAAUAUUUAUUUAAAAGCUGUGUAAGCUGGAAAAGUGCAAAAUUAAAAAAAAAAAACAAAAACGCAAAAAAGAGGAAGUAUUAUUAACCGCUUAAUAAAAAAGAUAAUAAAUUACGAAUUAAAAUAAAAAACAACAAUACCAACAAAAUUAAACAAAUCAACAACGGCAGUGAGUGUGAGUGACAGUGCAAAAAAUUUAACAGAGGAAGAGAGAAAAAACAACUGAAAUUGCUAAAAAUAUUUCGGUUUGGGGUUUUUUGUUUUUUCCCUGCGUUAUUGCUGCUGCGGCAUUGAAUAAAAAAAAAGUAAAAAGUGUCAUAAAACUCAAAUAUGAAAUUAUUUUUAUAACAAAACAAGCAAUAACAACAACUUUUGCUUAUAGUUCUGUUUUUAUAACAUCGUCGUCGUUGUCGAGUGAAUAAAACAAAAAUAGCCGUAACGCGGUAACCAUCAUCGUAAAUGCAAGUUGACUGAGCAAAGCUGGGCUGGGCUUGCUGGCUGACAUGGGCAAAGAGUGAGUAGUGCAACAAUUUUUUUCUUUAAACCAUUUCCGGGUUUAAUGACAUUCUGCAUCAUCAAUGAAUUGAAUUUUAGCAUUGUUGUUAAGUAAAGUGAAAAAAAUUAUUGCCAGCAACAACUGCCCCCACAUACAUGCUACUUUGUAGGAAGGCAGAGCGAGUGUAACUUUGUAUGUGGCCAAAAUUUAAUUAAAGUUAUUAAAAAAAAUCUCAACAACAAUAAUUAUGAAAUACUUGCAAUAUUUUGGUAAUAAAAAAACAACAACAAAAAUGAUAACUGCUUAAAAAAACCUGAAAAGGCGUUUUCAACAAAACAAAUUCAAUUUGUGACGGUUUUGAUCAGUGCUUGCCAUAAUUUCACAUGAUUGUGUUGAAUUUGUUGUUGUUUGUUGUUUGAGCGAGCAAAAGGAAACAGGUGACAUUGAAAGGUGUUGGGUGUUGUCAAGCUACCCACCCCAUCCCUACAACCGUUGCCUGGCGCUAAAACCAACAAGUGUAACACUUUGAAACAGAGAAAACAAAAAACGAAAUUUGGAACAGCUGUUCAAAUUUUGUUUAAUAAGAAAAACAACAAAGAUUAUUAAAAAUUUAUUAAGAUCAACUGUUAAUUUAUUCAAAACCCCUGCAAAAACAAAGAACACAUCACAACGCCAAGAAAUUUUCAUUACUUUUCAUAAGAACCUCAAAGGCCACAGCAACAACGUAUAACAAAAGAACAGGUACUUUUUCUAAAACAAGUUCUACUUCAUACAUGUGUUGUGGAAAUUUUAAUACCAAGAAUUAAAAAAAGAUUUAACUUGCCACCAUGUUGCCGCAACAGUAUUGUUUGCGGUGGAAGUACCAUCACAGUAAUCUACAGACCAUGUUUUCACAGCUACUGGAUCGUGGCUGCUUUUGUGAUGUCACUCUGGCCUGUGAUGGUCAACUGAUUAAGGCCCAUCGUGUGGUGCUAUGUGCUUGCAGUACAUUUUUCGAUACAAUUCUCACAAAUUAUUCAAAUGAGCGAGAUCCCAUUAUCAUCAUGAAGGAUAUAUCAUUUGCUGAUAUCAAAUGUCUCAUAGAAUUCAUGUACAAGGGAGAAAUCAAUGUGGAACAUGCAAACUUAGCUUCAUUGCUCAAAACCGCAGAUGAUCUCAAGAUUAAAGGAUUGGCCGAGGUAACAUGGCGCGAUGACGACGAUGGACCACCGCCACCAACAGCACAAACGGAAUUUCAUUCGCCACCAAUUUCGCGCAGUCGGCAGGCGUCGCACCUCUACAAUCCGUAUGGCCGUGACCACCAACAAAGAUCUCACAGUCCCGAAGGGGAAAAUAAAACUCCAUCACCUAAACAUGGAACAGCGAUGAAUGCGCGAAUGCCAACCUUAACGCCUAUACCAUCAACAUCAACGGCCAUCUCAGCGGUGGCAGCAGUGUCACCCAAUGAUGCCUAUUUGGGACCAAAACGCAAGAGAGGAAGACCUCCACUGGAUGAUUCCUAUGAUGUGUUUAAUGUACGUAAAUUGGCUCAAUAUGCCCAUCGUGGUGAACAAUCUCCUUACUUGGAAGCUCAAUAUACCGACGAACGUUCUCUGCUUCACCAUCAACAUCAUCAUGGCACACCCAAUCAACAUUCCAGGCCCAAUUCCCCCUCGGCGGCCGAGGUCUAUCAACACCAUGUGCAGCAACAGAAACAACGCAUGCGCUACAGGCCCCAUAUGCAGCGAGAACAGGAACAAAACUCUGCCAACGAUGAGCCAGCUACAGAACCCGAAUGGAUAACCAGUUCUUUGGAGGCAGAGCGUACUAAAGGUCCUCGUGAGCAAGGCGAUACCGAGGACAUUCUGCCACAUGACAGUGAAGAAAUUGUGAAGAUCAAGACAGAGGAACCCUCAGAUGAUUCCACAGCCGAACAUCCCAAAGUUAAGGAAACCGCAAAUAAAGAUUCCAAUGAGGAGGAAAGUCAACAGAGAUCGCCACAAAGUGCACAGCCAGAAGAAUUUGAAACCGAUGAAGCAGCCAAUGUACCACAAACAGUGGAAGAGAUGGAGACCAAACAACAGCAACAACUACUACAACAGAAACAAACUGCUGUAGAAACAUCAACGGCAAACAACAUGACAACCACCACUUCAACAUCAUCAUCAUCAGCCACAACAAACUCAUCAUCAUCAUCAUCCUCUUCUAUAGCAACCUCGCACUCUACAAGUUUGGCUGCACACAAAUCGUCUACAUCCUCCUCCUCAACCGCGACAACAACUUCUGGACAUUCCCAUCACCAUUCAUCCAGUACACCGAGCAACUCUUCGGCCAGCUCUUCAAAUCCACAUCAUUCCUCUUCUUCCUCCUCCUCGGCGCAUGGUCAUCAUGCAAUUGUACCACCACCUCCACUGCAUCAUCCCCACCAUCAUUAUGGCAAAUAUGUACCCGACGGCUAUAUGAUCAAUGAACAUGGCAUUCUAAUGACACACGAUUUCAUACAUGCUCCCACGGCUACCAUACCCACAUCAUCAUCAGCGCCGGGAGCCAGUUCCUCGAAUGGCCAUAAUGCUGAUGAUUACAAUGAUAUCAAAAUGGAGGAUUUCAAUGAUGCCGAUUUUCGCUUGACCAGUGAGGAAAUGUCCGAAUGGCAAGAUGUCAUCAAAAUGGAUGAUUAUUUGGCCAAAGGCAGACGGCCACAAUUCUGGGAGGAGCCAUUCACAAGAAGGGUUCUAGAUGCCAUUAAGAAUAAAAGACUAGAAAUGAAAAAGGCAGCCCGCAUACUGGGGGUUUCCUAUGGUACUUUAUAUGGUCGCUAUAGGGAAGUCUAUGGCUGUCUUAAGCAUCCUUACAGCACCUCAAUGAGACCAUAUCAAAGUAGUGGACCCAUGCAGCACCGAUUUGAUAUCGUAUGGCCCUCACCAAAGCCGGGACAAAUGGAUAUAGGUAAAAUACGUCCCAAAGAUUUGAGCGAACUCUGGACCAGACCACAAAUGUGAAAGGCAACCUCAAGCACAAAAGGAUCCCAUGCAACAAGAUUGUCACAAAAAACGCAGCAAAUGAUAAAAUCGGCAAAAAUUAUUUAAGUCAUCAAAUUUAGGGGAUUUUGUGUUCUCUGCAUUAUUCUCCUCCCUCUUCCUAUGUUUUUGACCCUGUAGCACAACACCUUCCUAUUGUACAUACAUGCACACAUAAAUAGCAUACAAAUACAUAUACAAAUAUUGUAACCUUUUCUAGUUUAAAACAAAGCAAAACAAAACGUACUUUUCCACUAAAUAGUUACCAAUAAUAAUUCAAAUUUUCUAGUUUUAAGACAAAUCGUAAUCUGUAUUUGCGCCUAUAUAACCAUUAACUUAAUUAAUUAUAUUUAAUAAUAAAAAAAUAUACAUAUAUAUUUAUUUAUUACAAAAUGACAACCACAAAACAAAGAAGAAAAACCACCCACAAGUAAAAAAGACAUACAAAUUUAGUGUGAGGCUAGUUUAAGUUUUUGUUUUAUUAGUUUCCCCAUUUUUUUUUUAUUUCCCAAGAGGGUCCGACGACUUCUUGUUUUUAUAAUCAAAAACGAUAUACGCUCAUGUAACAUGACAUUUCCACUUUUAGUUGCCAAAAACAAAAAUAUUUGCAAUAGUUUUUAAGCUUCUCAAACUAAGUUUUUAUUCGUAGAUUAUUUUUUAUUUUGUUUUUUGUUUUUCAAUAUUUUUUUUUUGUAAAGUCUCUAGAAAACCUUUUUAAAAACAAUCUUACUCGAUCUAGGAAAUGUUUUUCAAUUCAAUGGUUCCCGUAAUUACCCAAAAAAAUAUA